CUCCGCUCCCCGCCCGCGGGUGUGCGGGUGUUGGGUGCGUGCGGGUGUGCGGGAGCCAAAGUGCCGGUCAGUGAUGGAGCCGCUGCCAUGACAACCCCGGGAAGUCAGCCUGCGCGCCGCCCAGGGAUGCUGCGGGCCAGCCGCGCCGGCGGGGCUGGGAUGCUGCUGCCGCCGCCUCGCCCGCUCCCCCGCGCCCCGUCCUCCCCGAUUUUCGGCUGAGCAGCAGCUGGGAGAGCAGCCUCCCACUCCGAACCCACGGCGCGGGGAGGGGGGGCUCUGCAGACCCACUUCGUGGAGCCGAGGAGCGUCGCUGGCUUCUGCCUCGCGUCCGGGCGGUGGGGACGUCGCCUGCAGCUCCGCGGGGAAGUUUCGAUCUUGCGACAGAAUCGGCAUUUUGGGGAGCUUUUGGGUUUUGGUGGUUUUUUCUGGUUUUGGUUUUUUUUUUUGUCUUCGUUUUCCUUUUCCCUCUAUUUUUUUAAACGAAAGAGCAACAGCCGGCAAAGAGCCCAACUCCAAGCCUGUUUUGCUCCCCCAGCCUGUUUUUAUGGCUGCCCUCCCUUUCCUGCCAGAGACACUUACGUUUCCUCCUUGGGUUAUAAACUUUUGAUGCCAGAUCUCCGCAGCGCGUGCCCAACUGAAUCUUAAAGAGUGCCCGUGCGCAGCGGAGAUGCCACCUUCCCCAAAGCUAUGGACAACGUGACUGUGCGACAAGGGGAGAGCGCCACGCUCAGGUGUACCGUGGAUGACAGGGUCACGCGGGUAGCGUGGUUGAACCGCAGCACCAUCCUGUAUGCCGGUAAUGACAAGUGGUCUAUAGACAACCGUGUGGUCAUCCUCUCCAACACCAAGACCCAGUACAGCAUCAAGAUACACAACGUGGACGUGUACGAUGAGGGCCCCUACACCUGCUCCGUGCAGACAGACAAUCACCCCAAGACUUCGCGCGUCCAUCUCAUCGUGCAAGUUCCCCCCCAGAUUGUCAACAUCUCUUCGGACAUCACCGUGAACGAGGGCAGCAGCGUGACCCUCAUGUGCCUGGCCUUCGGGAGACCGGAGCCCACCGUCACGUGGCGGCACCUCUCCGGGAAAGGGCAGGGCUUCGUGAGCGAGGACGAGUACCUGGAGAUCACGGGCAUCACGCGGGAGCAGUCCGGGGAGUACGAGUGCAGCGCCGUCAACGACGUGGCCGUCCCGGACGUGCGGAAAGUCAAAGUCACCGUCAACUAUCCGCCGUACAUCUCGAACGCCAAGAACACAGGCGCCUCGGUGGGCCAGAAGGGGAUCCUGCAGUGCGAGGCCUCGGCCGUCCCCGUGGCGGAGUUUCAGUGGUUCAAGGAGGACACCAGGUUAGCGAACGGGCUGGAGGGCGUGCGGAUCGAGAGCAAGGGCCGCCUGUCCACGCUGACCUUCUUCAAUGUCUCGGAGAAGGACUAUGGCAACUACACGUGCGUGGCCACGAACAAGCUGGGCAACACCAAUGCCAGCAUCAUCCUGUACGGGCCCGGAGCGGUGCACGACGGUGGCAACGCGGCAUCCCGGGUGGCCGCCGGCCUCUGCCUUUGGGCCGCCCUCCUCGCUUGCCUCCUCCUCGACUUUUGAUAAGGGAGCGGAGGGUCCCGGGAGGCCCCGCCGCGCCUCUCCCCCACCGCGGGCUCGGUCUGCCGCGCCGCCCGAGGACUCCUCUCUGUCGGACGGGCGAUGCGCCGGAGGAUGGGCGGCGGUGCCGAGCGUCCGAGGAUGGCCACGUCUCCCACGUGCCGGGAUCGUUCUCGCCGCCGGUUAUGCUGUACAGACCCCACCACGUGCCACCGGACUCUCACCUGCCACCGUCACCCCGGGGAUGCGGUGCAGCAUGGACAGGGCUCCCUGUGGCCGCCUCGUCUCCGACGUGGGUGGCGUGGAGCCGUCGGGGCGGGCGCUGCCCGGAGCUGUCGCCGGGGAUGUCCGUCUCAUCAUCUUGCUAAACCGCCUAUGCCCAAAAAGACCCCAAGGUUGAAGCCCUCUGGCUCUGCCUUCAGCCCUCUUGGUCCUGAAUGUCAGUUCUCGCCGCCAAAGCUCCUCCCUAAGCGUCCCCAAUGUCACCAGUCCCCCGCCGCCUGGCCUCGCCUCUGCUCCAGGGUCCUUCCCACUUGCCGAGGCAUGGUCCCAUGGGGUCACCCUACACCACUAGUUAUCCUUCAAGGGUCACGCACCUCCUGCUACUCUUCCUCCCAGCUAUCAUCAUACCUCCCCCCGCCCCAAAAACCCCUCACCUUCCUGAGGGCACAAGGCUGCUCUCCCAGGAACGUGGGCCGUGGGGACCGUCGCCACUCCUCGCUCCGGACCCCUGCCCGCUCCGCUGCUGCCCCCCUAAUGCCAGGACCUGCCCUGCGGCUCUCACCACAAUGCGCUGCUGGCACUUGGCAGGGAGGCUCCUCCAGGCUUGUCUUGCAAGUACUUCCCAGCCUGCACAUGAAAAGCACAGCACCGCCGGCGCUAGGUGGAGGCACUAAAGGACACAGCAAAGCACCAGGUGAUGAGCCCUUUUUUCCUACAGCUCCGAUGCUCCUGCCCAUCUGCACGCACCCGGAGGGGACGGGACUGUGCGUUCCCGGCCUCGAGGUUUGUGCCUCGGCCACCCUGCAGCUCCCCGGUCCGUCUCCCAGCAUGGUCUCCCUGUAUCAUUUGGCCAGGCAUCUCUGCCUGCCCGAGGGAUGGAAGAAACACAGGAGCCCCAGCUCUGAGCUGCAACAUCCGCACUCUGCCUUGUCUCACGCCCGCCACGUGCCCCUGCUCGAGGAGGGUCUGAUGCGUUCGACGUGGAGGAGGAGGCUCUGGCGCUGCCGAUUUGCUGCACCGGCACGGCGGGGAUGAGGACGGCUCCUGUGCCCCUAGCUCGCUGCUUGCUGACAUGCCUUUGACAGCAAAACGAGUGCGCCCAGACUCUACCCUCUGCUUCCUUCCAUACGGCCGCGUGGCCUCCCUGCGUACAGGCUUACUCACCCGACAGCACCCUCUGCCACAGUCCCCCUCGCCGGGUAGGUGGCAGAAGCCCUGAGCCUUCCCACUGCUCCGUGGGUGCCCGGGAAUGCUUUGGGGCCAUGGGCCGGGGAUGGACCCUCCCGUCCUGCUCCUGAAAAGUCACAAGCAGCACCAGACCCUUUGCCUGCAACAGGGACACAACUCUACAGCGACACAAAACAUCCCCGUCCUGACCCGACGCCUCCCCGUGCCUUGCCUCUUCCUUCUCCCUCCAUAAGCAAGAUGGCUUAACAGCAAUGGCCCCGCACACGCUGCCUUUCCCACGCAAACUCUGCCGCUGCCAAAACCUCCUUGCCCCGCUGUCCUGCUUUCUGUGGCUGCGAGGGAGCUGGGGCUGAUGGUCCUCAGCAUGCAAGAUAGGAAAAAAAAAAACUAACCCCAACCUCGAGGCUGCGACGUGCCACCGUCCCUUCCUCUAAGCAGCCGUGCCCUCUCCUCGUCCCUGCUCUCAAUGGGCUGCCCGGGACCCGCGCUGACCGGCAUGUGGCACAUGGUCGUCGCCAAAAAAAAAAAACCAAAACCAACAGCUACAAAAUCUCAGCAGACACUCCUGCCCCUCACACCCUCGACAUUCGACAUGUACCGCAGCUGACUGGCAAAAACCACGUAGACCGAAGCAGAAACCGCUCCAGCACUGGCCCGACAUGACGGCUUACCUGAUGAGUGCGCAUCCAGCACGGCACGGACCAGGUGAGUCCGCAACCUGCGUUCCCUGCAGUGCUGCUCCGCUUCUCCACUGGUGUCCCGGAAAAGUGUCACCAGCAGCAAUCUGAGUCCUACCCCACGGCCCCAGGCACCUUCAUGGGGCAGGGAUGGCACCGUCUUCAGCUGGCACGGCGACUUGCACGUCCUUCCCCAUGUACCCUCGGGCGCAGGAGAUGCCUUGCCCCAAAGCCUUCACCGGUCCACGCCACCCUGCGACGCCCACCCCCCGCUGCCUCCCUGUGUCCCCUCCCGGGCCAGCCCCCAAUUUCUCUGUCCCCGCAGCAGAAAUGCCAAACUAGCCCCAGACACGUGGGACCAGAGGCCAUGGCAUAUCAGAGAGCGGAGGUGAUGCCGAGACACUGCAACGCAUGCCGAGACCAGCGGACCUGGUGCCGGGGCCACCCCUGCCCCAUCCUCCUUCUCCCCGGGUUGGGUCGGCUCCCCUGUCCUCCUCCCGCCGGGACGGCGUUCGACUUUCUCGUGCCAUGUAACGUGCCAUUGUGAGGAACGUGUUGGCUGUCUGAGGCCGGCCCCGCCGUGGCACGGCCGGCGGACCCCUUCGUAACCAUUGCUCUCGGACGCUCGGGGGGUGGCCGGGCGCCCGGGGUGGGGGGAGCGCAGCUCCUGGGUCUCUCCUGCCGACGGCCGGGACAGCCGGUCUUGAGUUUCCGUCGAUCAUUGUAUUCCAAGGGUGGCUAUACUACCUGAGAUUUGUGCAUGUUACAUUGUAGUUGUAACCUUUUCUAAUUCGACAAGAAUAAGAGAUGGUUGUGAUUGUGCAGUGUAUCAAUAAAGUUUGACGAACUUUGUA